CAAAAAUUGAGGCGGAAGGUCAAACUGGACGUGGAGAAAUUCACUGGAAAGGAGGAUCCAAAUGUCCACCUUGACACCUUCCACAAUGCAGCACAGAUGGCCGGGUGCACUGAUGCUGAGGAGUGCUUGCUCUUCUUCUCAUCCUUGAGAGGGAGGCCUGUGGAAUGGUUUAACGGCCUUCCCCAUGGCAGGAUUGGGACCUUUGAGAAACUUGCCGAAGUUUUCCGCAAGAAGUACCAGGACAACUGCAUUAAGAGGAAGAAGUUCACCUACCUUAACACGGUAGGGCAGAGGGAGAAGGAGUCCUUGACUCAAUUUUUAACCCGCUGGAGGGACGAGGUUGACAAGGUAGAAGAGAUGGAUGAUAAGACGACCAUGUCUUUACUGAUGAAUGCCUUCCGGUCGGGUGACCUCUACACUGAAUUUUGUAGAAGGCCACCCUCCUCUUAUCAGGAAGCCUAUAAUACGGCAUGGGAAUACGCCGAGGCGGAGGUCCUGAACAAGAGCAAGCGAGAGGUUGAGGAAGGCUAUACAAAGGCGAAAUCUGACAAGCCGAAGAAGGAUGACCAGACGAAAGGGUCCAAGCCAAAGGCCACAUAUGACGGGUCCAUCCACCAAAUAAGGGAUGAUAAGAAGGGAGAGCAACCCAAGAGACCAUGGACAGAGAAGUGGUGCACAUACCACCAAUCCGAUUCCCAUAACACGGCGGACUGCCGAAAUGUCAAGGCCGUGCUCAAGGAGAUGGCCUUGAACGGAGAGCUGGGGGAAGGUUAUGCAGCGGGAAUAAAGAUCCGAAAGCGAACACCUGGACCGUCCUCAAGGAAAAGACCAGGGGAGGAAAAAAUCCGGGAAGGAUAACAACAAGCCGGAUAAAGAAUUCAUCGAGAUGAUUGUCGGCAGCCCAGAAGGCGGGGACACCGCCUCCCAGCGGAAGAAUUGGGCCAGGAGCUUGCACGUAGCGGUGGUUUCCCUGGAAUCACAAGGGAAGCAGGCAAGGAGGGAACCUAUCACUUUCACUGAUAGGGAUCUGCCCAGGACGGGGGGAGAUCAUAAUGACCCUUUGGUUAUUACAAUGGAUAUCAAUGGAGCUGAUGUGGCCAGGGUCCUGG